CCAAUCCGUCCGUCCUCCCCACUUUCGCCCUUUUUCUUGCUUUCGUCCCCACGCGCCGCUGCACGCUAACGUGCACCGUCCCUCCCCCGCCGCCGCAAGAGGCCAGGACCUUCCCAUGUUUCGCCCUAGGAAGCAAGCCCCGUGCUAAUAUGAGCUUGGAGGGGGUUUGAAUCGAUCCAUCGCCGUCCUCCCUUUUCCUGCUCCCCGCCGUAUCAUCGUCAUCAUCAUAAUCCCCUGUUCGAAUUCCGGAUCCGGACGCUUCCAAUCAUCAGUUCCUCUCUCGUCCUCCUCCUCCUCCUCGAGAACAGCAUCAGCAGCAAGGGAAAAAGAGACCCACCCCCAGGAAUUGGAUGGCCGUUUAUUGCGGACGAUGAUGGUUAAUAGCAUAGUAAGUGUGUGCUAGAGAGAGAGAGGGAGGUGAUGGGGCGCGAAGGGGAGGAGGAGAAAGAGGGCUGCCGCAGCCGUGGCCAGGCCGAUGAUGCGGGAAAUAGCCGUCACUUCCUCGACCGCAGCAAGGUCAGGAUACUUCUCUGCGACAACGAUCCCAAGAGCUCCCAAGAGGUUCUUCAGCUCCUCUGCAAGUGCUCCUACCAAGUAACUUCAGUGAGGUCUGCCAGACAGGUCAUCGAUGCGCUUAAUGCCCAGGGGCCUGAUAUUGACAUCAUUCUUGCUGAAGUCGACCUCCCAGUAGCCAAAGGGCUGAAGAUGUUGAAGUACAUAGCUAGAGAUAAGUCGUUGAGGCGUAUUCCUAUUAUCAUGAUGUCUGCAAAAGACGAGGUCUCCGUGGUUGUCAAGUGCUUGCAGCUUGGGGCUGCUGACUAUCUUGUGAAGCCAUUGCGAACAAAUGAGCUGCUGAAUAUCUGGAUCCACAUGUGGAGGAGAAGACGCAUGCUUGGUCUGUUAGAGAAGGAUGUUUUCAGCCACGACUUUGAGUUGAUAUUGUCGGACCCUAGUGAUGCCAACACAAACAGCACUACUCCACUCUCGGAUGACACGGAUGACAAGCCCAAGAAGGCAAAAUGUCCCGAGACAAGUGUGUCGAAUCAUUGCGAAUAUGAGCCUGCUCAAAAUAAUUUACUAGAGGAGGAGCCUAAUAUUCUUAAGGAAGGUGAUUGUGCAGUAUUCUCAGGAGGGUUUUUUUCAUGUCCAAAGAAGACUGACCUGAAGAUUGGCGAAUCUUCAGCCUUCUUGGCGUAUGUGAAAUCGAUUGCACCAAGAAGCAGCACUACACUUGGCAAUAUGGAUGGAAAUGCUGCUCCAUCAACACAUCGUGAAGAAAAUAUUUUUGUAGAAGGUGAUACUGAGAGAUAUAGCAAUAGGGGGGCACAAGGAAGCUACUCUGAUGGGAAUGGCACUGUUACUGGUGAGAACACUUGUGAUACAAGUACAUUUCAAAUGCCAUUGGAGUUUCCUGGAGUCUGCCCUUCUUCUUCAAAUGCGCAGACACAAUCAAGGAAUGAGGGUCAAACUGAUGUUUCUGGUGUUCCAUCAAUCUUCCAUUUACCAUUUUAUUAUCCAGGGAUGAUGGAGCAGGAUAUGAUACCCUCAUCUGUGCAAAUGUUUCAGGGUAGUCUGAAUGAUGUGCAAGCACAUACUGCACCAGCCUUGCUGCCUCAGUAUAACGUUCUUCCUCAGUGUCCUCAUAUGCCAAUGAUGCCAUCAUUUUUAUAUCAUCCAGUUGGCCUAAGUUUGCAAUCAGGUCAGGUGCCUCCACCACACAUAUGGUCAUCGAUGGUAAGCUCAUCUACACCUGAAGUGAAAUCUGGUCGAACUGAAAGAAGAGCUGCAGCACUUAUCAAGUUCAGGAAGAAGAGAAAGGACAGAUGUUUUGAUAAGAAGAUUAGGUAUGUCAAUCGAAAACGUCUGGCUGAAAAAAGGCCAAGAGUUCGGGGGCAGUUUGUGAGGGAGGGGAACAAUAUAGAUGUUCACCACAAUGAAUUUAUCACUGGUGAUGGUUUUUCUGAGGAGGAUGAAGAUGAGGAACCAACAUCUAGGGAGCUGGAGCUUGUUUCUUCUCCCGAAUAGAAUGCUUCGGAGUGUUGAUCUGUUUAACUGAAGCUAGCAAACCACAAUGAAUUAAUUGCUGGUGAUGGUGAUUAUGAGAAGGAUGAAGAUGAGGAACCUUCAUCCAGGGAUCUAAAACUUGCUUCUUCUCUCAAAUGGAAUUCUUCAGAGUUUGGUCAGAGCAUAGUCAAAGCUCGUAAAUGUAUUAGAGAUAUGCUGAUGCAUGGGCUAUAGGGCAACAGGUCUCCAAUGUACCAGAUGUUACAAACUUAGCCACACUUAAGUAUUAGGUAUCAUAUAUUGUUGUUAUCCUAGUAGAUAUAUGGAAAUAUAAAUUAGCCACACUUAACCUUUCACCUUUCUCAGUAUCAACUUCUCCAAGAAAAUCUCUCUAUGGUCAAAUUGAUAAGAUUUUGUACCAAGACUUCUCUGUGACAGUAUUUCAUUUAGUGGCUGAUCCUAUGCAUAGAAGUUAAUGCAUCAACCAAUGUGGUUUGAGUUAUAUUGGCAACAAAGUUGAAUUAGAGCA